CUCUCCUACUCCAGAACUACAUGUACCUGGCCUGACCUGUACACACAUCGCGUCCACACCAUCGACCUCUGGAGCCACUUCCUCUCGCUCCCACCUCAGCAACCGACCUUUGACCGGUGCAUCCAGCGGUAGCCACUACAUACCGACCAUCUCCAGAUAUCGCGUCGAAACUGUUUCCUGUGACCCAGAAGUGGGCAUAGCUCCAGCCUUUCCGCAACCAUGACGCUUUACUACAGCCUGGUCUUCGGGCUGCUCAUGUUCGAGAUGGCAGUCUUUGUGACUCUCAUCAUUCCGCUGCCUCUCAAGAUCAAGCGUGCUCUUUUCACCUUCAUCUCAGAGAACCCGCUGAUCGCCAAGCUACAAUAUGGAAUGAAGAUCACCUUCAUCUUCAUCCUGAUCCUGUUUAUCGACAGCGUCAACCGUGUCUAUCGCGUGCAGGUGGAGUUGGCUUCGGCGAAGAGCAGCCAGACCGCGGCCGUGGUGGCCGGCAGCGAGCGCAUGGAGGUUCAGGCACGCAAGUUCUACUCGCAACGCAACAUGUACCUGUGUGGUUUCACUCUCUUCCUCUCGCUCAUCCUCAACCGAACAUACGUCAUGAUUCUCGACACCCUUCGCCUCGAGGAGAAGAUCAGGAGCUAUGAGGCAGGUACCGGCGGCAAGACAUCUUCUGGUCUGGGCGAGGCUGGCAACGCAGGCGAGAUUGGUCGCCUGAAGAAGGAGUUGGCCAAGCGCGAUCAAGACAUUGAGACCCUCAAGAAGCAGAGUGAGGGCCUCAGCAACGAGUACAACCGCCUAGGCGAUCAAGUCUCGCCCCAGGACAGCGUCCCAAAGAAGGAUCGUUGACGAUUGGACACUGGAAGCAUUGAAUGAUAGCGGUGGGUAUGAGAGUGUACUGGGGGCGACACGGUACACCUGAAAGCCUCUAUCAACGAGAUCAAGACUCCGGAAAAGAGAGAGAGAGAGUGUGUGUGUGUGUGUGUGAGAGAGAGAGAGAGCAAAAAAAAGGCGCAAUACGAGAGGGCGGGAGCGAGUCGCGACGGGCGGGCAGCGAUACAUCUAGUACAUUGACUUGAAAGGCAUUCUGACACAAAGCAAGCAUUCCCUGCAUUAGUACGUGCAAUGCAA